AUGACUGCAAUCGCGGGCAGUAACUCGCAGUCUGCAACGGCUGGCCAUCCCACAAUCACAACCCUAACCCUGACCCAGUACUCAUCAGAAAUCGUACUACAACUCGAUGGUUUUGCCGCGUCCUUCACUCACUCAGUUGCGGUUCCACUCAUGAGAGCAGAAAGGCGUGCUCGAGACUCACACCUCGAAAAAGCCCAUGACAAAAAUUUGACAAACCAACACAUCAUACGCCACAUUGAUCCAAUGGAGGCUGACAUUGAAAACCUGCUGGUCUGGGCAAAGUCGCAAGGCAUCGAGAUCAACGGCUGCUCCCCAAAACAGCUACACGGCCGCGGCGUCGGCAUCGUCGCCACCCGUGCCCUAGAAGCCAACCAUGUCAUCUUACGCGUGCCCACCGCCACGCUACGCUCCCUCGCCAACACGCCUCGCGCCAUCACCGCGCGCCUCCCCGGCGCCAGCGUGCACGCCCUCCUCGCCGUCUCGCUCUGCCUCGACCUCGCCUCUCCCUCCCUCGCCGCCUGGCGCGCCGUCUUUCCCUCGCGCGCCGACAUUCGCGCCGCGCUACCGCUCUGCUGGCCGUCAGAGCUCCGCGCACUGCUGCCGCCCUCGGCCUCUGCGCGUCUCGCGCGGCAGAGCGCCGCCUUUCACCGAGACUGGGCGAGCGUCGAGGCGGCGGCCUACGACAGCGCAGCGCUGACCAAGGACGAAUUUCUGUACGCGUGGCUGCUGGUCAACACGCGCUCCUUUUACCACGCGACGCGUUUCACGGCCAAGCGGCCCAAGGAGGACCACAUGGUUCUGCAGCCCGUUGCCGACCUCUUCAACCACGCGGGGGACGCCCCCGGCGGCGCCUUUUGCGUCGGCUCCUUUGACGACGCCGCCUUUACCGUGACGACGCGCGCCGCGCACGCGCCCGGCGACGAGCUCUUUAUCCAGUACGGCCCGCACGGCAACGACUUUUUGCUCGUCGAGUACGGCUUCACGCUGCCGUCGCCGCUCAACGACGCCUGGGACGAGACCAGCCUCGACCCGUACCUGUGUCCCGCGCUGGCCGCCGCGGGACACAGGACGGUGCUCGAGGAGGCCGGGUUCUGGGGCCAGUACAUGCUGGAUCGAGAGACGGCGUGCUACCGGACCCAUGUGGCGCUGCGCGCGCUGUGUCUGACGCCGCUGCAGUGGCGCGCCGUGCUCGACGGCGAGCGCGACGAGGACAGGGACCGGGCGCGGGUCGAGGCCGCUCUGGUGGCUGUCGUGCUGCGGCCGGCCGAGGAGGAUGCGGCCGCGCACAUCAGGGACGUGGACGAGGCGACGGCGGGCGAGGCGCUGUCGCGGCAAGCCCUGCGGGAUCGGUGGGUGCAGAUCAUGGAGCUGCUUGUCGGGAUGAGGCAAAAAUUAGAGUCUCAGUAG